GGGAACUACACUGUGCACAGCACAUAUCUAGCGUCGCCGCAGUUACAAACAAAGCUUUCCUGUUGUGUGGAAAAGAAAACGGCACCAAUUGGCUCCUCUUGAAAAAGUAACAUCCUUGGGCAGCUCUUCAACUUAAAAGCUAUCUUUUCACCCGCGUCUCCAACAAAGGACGAGACUGAUGAAUGACAACAACUACUUUAUUUGUGAAAACGUCUAAUAUUGGACAUUUUCAGUCAUAUACGGAGGUGUAUUCAUCACAACCUUAAGUAACCGAUACGGCUCAUAGCUUUUAUGUUGAUGGGUAAUGAGGUUUUGUCUGGGCUGGAAGUGAAAGAUUCGCACUUUGUGUAUCUCCAAAAUGACGGACGACCGAAUCACACUGAGGCAGGACGAGUGUGAUUAUACUAGCUGUUACUGUGAAGAAAACGUGUGGAAACUUUGCGAAUUCGUCCGCAGGGAGAGAAGUGCGUCUCUCCAAGAACUCUUUGUGGUGUUCAUCUCGAAUGAGAAUCGAACGGUUCCUUUGUGGAAACAGAAGUCAGCACGUGGAGACCAGCCUGUGAUUUGGGUAGGAGACCUGAUGGGCGCGGGCGGGGACCCGACACGCCACAGCCAUGUGUCAAGUGCGGUGCUGUAUGUGCAGGAUUAUCACGUGGUUCUGCUACACGUCCGGGGUCAGGGCGAGGCUGCGAUUUACGAUCUGGACUCGGUCGUGCCGUUUCCCUGUAGCCUGAAGAUUUACGCCGUUCACGCUCUGCGCUCGGACCAGUGCCUCAAACCCGCCUAUCACAGGAAGUUGCGCGUGGUCCCCGCCGACUGCUUCCUAUCGAACUUCGCCUCGGACCGUUCGCACAUGAAGAAUUCCGACGGCUCCUGGAAGAUGCGGCCUCCGCCUUAUCCGCCGAUCUCCACUGCAGACUCUCACAUGAACCUGGAUGACUUCAUCUGCAUGAAGCCUACCGUGGGAUGGGGCCACGUUUUCACUUUGGACCACUUCUUGCAGCACUACAAUAAACACUCAUUGUCAUAGUGUGCGGGUGUGUGUCUUUUGGAAUGUACUUGUUGACGUGAACUAUAAUAGGAAUGAAGUUGGAGCCCCAUCAAAUGCAGGUGUGGUUAUCUUUAUUGAUUGAAUGGGAUGUGCCAAUGAA